CGAAAUAUCCCUGCACUCUCAUGGGUCCUAACAGUCUUCAUUGACUCGAGAAUCGUGAUACGUUAUGCUCGUCGAACCCGGUACACACUGUUUGCCUCAUCCGUUUCUGUUCUCACGAGAGCGUGCAGACUGCGUGUGACUAACCGUUCUGGGGCUGUCUGGCCCUCCUCAAAUGAAUACAUGUUUUCAUUGCAUGCUUUCCGGAAGGUUAGACGAGAACGGGGCAGGGGAAACGGAGACAUCCCAUCCUCGGCCGGUGGAGAGGUACCGAAAUCGCUAUCGAUAUCUUUAUUGUUAACCUCGUCGGUGGCAUGAAGUUGCUGCUGGCUAAAAAUUUAGCUACCAAUCCUGUGGAGAUGUCAAUGCUGCGCUGUUCCCGACUCUUCGCUGCCCUGAGGAAAUGUUGACUAUCUCGUGACAACGCUGACAUGCAUAGAUUUUGGGUCGCCUCCCCUGAAAAAGAAGUUGCUGCCCCCGCUCCAGCUCAAAGCGCUCCAAUUUUCGCUUCUUUUCUGUGAACACAGCUCGUCUCCAAAGCCAGUGGCCAACUGUUCCCAACCCCCCUCUCGCUUUUGCCUGCUUCUACGCGCAGCCGCAGCCACUCGGAGUUUUUCUCGGAGUCCUGGCUAAAAGACGCUUUACAGGUGUCAAAACGACUAAACCAUGCAACGGCUACGAAACUAAAGGGUAGAUUUUUUCUGGUACACAAACAGUCUGAGUUAUAUUUUGCGUGACAAUGGAGAAAAAAAAAAAGCGACACCAUCCGGAUGGCUUUGACCAAGAUGUCGCCGACAUGGGGACUAGCAAACACGAGGAAGGGUGCGCCAGUGCUAUGAAGUCACGUUCCAAAAGUGAAGGGGCUUCUGAUUCUUCACAUGGAAAACCACGGAAGAAGGAAAAAAAGAGAACAAAGUUAGCUGAGGAAGGCGAUUCUUUCGGCGAUGAGUGCUCGUCCGCUGUGAAUGGUAAAACAGAGACAACACAGGUCUCUGUGGAUGAAAAAACUACUGGCAAAUUGUCUCGCCAUGCUGCGAAGAAGUUCAAAGGAGUCCCUCACAAGAACAACAAGAGCAGGCUGCUGGAAAUGAAUGUCGGCUGCCACGAGGAGAAAGAGUCGGAUGAAGACGACGGUGACAAGAAAAGAGAUACCACGGGGCAUGCUUCAGUUAAGGGAAGGAAGAGGAAGACGGACGCAGACGACUCUACUGGUGACGAGGCUGUCACCUGUGAGGCAAAUGGCGGGUCACAUGAACUGUUCGCGUCUGAGUCUGACGGCGACUCUGAGACUCGCUCCGGCACGAAGUCGAAGGACAUCGAUAGAAUCGCCAUAAACAAGGCGUACGCUGAAGCCUACGAAGUUCGUAAAAGAAGAGAAAUGCUGAGUAAAAACAAAGAACUGCUCGACGACUCAGACGAGAGCGAGUCGUCGAGUGAUGAGGAUGAAGAUGGCGAGCUUCUGUCAGAGAGGGUUGAAUCGAAGAUUCUGGAUACAUUAGCACGAAUAAAGAAUAAGGAUCCCUCGGUUUACGACAAAGACUAUCGCUUCUUCGGCGACGAUGAUUUCGAAGACGAUGAAGAUGCAGAAGCUACGAAAGGGUCGGACAAGAAAACGACGUAUAAAGACCUGGUCAGAAGGACGCUUGAGGAACGGGGGCCCACAGCGUUCAUCGAUGAAGAGGAUGCUUUGUCUGCAAAGAAAAAGGAGUCGCAAGCGCUCAGCUAUCACGACGAGCUGGCGGAGCUGAAGAAGGCUUUCGUAGAUGCUGCAGAAGGAGUAGAGGAAGGAGGCGCUUUUCUCCAAAAGAAGGAGAAGACCGAAGACGAAUUGGCGCAGGAAGCGAAGGAUUACAAGAAAUUUUUGAGUUCGAAAAAAGGAAAGGAGCAUGUGGACAUGACCACCGUUUUAAAUCACUACUGGGCCCCGGACGAGAACCUCGAUCCCGAUGAACGGUUUCUACGAGACUACAUCUUGAACCAAGGUUGGAGGGAGGAUAGAGCUGUCCUACAAGAUGACCAGCCCAAUCAGAAGUUCGACGAGGAAGAGGACGAGCUGAAUAUUGACCAGACGGAUGCUUUCGAGGCGGCGUACAACUUCAGAUUUGAAGAGGAGGGAGGAUCAACAAUCCAGGGACAUGCCCGCCGAGUUGAAGGUUCCGUCAGGCAGAAAAACGAUAAGCGGCGACGACAACGAGAAGCGAAGAAGGCGCGCCUUGCCGAGGAGAAGGCCCAAAGGGAGGAGGAACUACGGCGACUGAAGGCGAUGAAGAAGCAAGAGAUUUUGGAGAGAAUUCAGAAAAUACAAGAGAUGACUGGACACCAAGAACUUGAUGUCACUGCCAUCGAUUUGGAUGCCGAUUUCGACCCCGAGGCUCACGACAAAGAAAUGGCGACAAUGCUCGGGGACGACUAUGAGCAGUGCGAGGAAAACGUACCGGAAGAGGAACUUCUUAAGGUACCUGCUGGGUUUGAGGAAGACUUGGGUGUCGCUGGUGAAGACGACCAGACUCUCCAAUCAUUAUCGAAGAAACAACGGAAGCUUAUGAAGCUGCUGAAGAAACGGAACGCCCGAGCACUUGCUGACGACGUGGCGUAUGCACCGUUAGCAGAAGACGAAGAACGCGUCGAUACUGGCUUGAACAACGAAUCAGCAGAUGCGCAUGUGGAAGGCAACGAUUCACAACCACCGGAGCUAUUGGAGCAGGGCCCAUCGGAGUGGUGGAUGUGCGACAGUUGUGGCAAUGGGAUUCCGGGAGGCAAAAAAAGGUUCGACUGUAUGAGUUGUGAGAACUACACACUCUGCAAACACUGUUUCCGUAACGUUCGUCACCCCCACCAACUGGUUAAGCGGACGGUUCCAAAAGACUGCCAGCCACCAAAGGAUUUUGAACCAGGCUCACCUGAAGUUUCGAAAACCAUCAAGGAGUACCUGGAUGAGUAUUUCCAAACAGACUACGAAGACAUCAUUGGAAAGGAUCUUCCUACCCGGUUCAAAUACACAAGUGUCAAACCAGAAAGCUACGGAUUAACAGUGGAGGAUAUUUUGUCAAAAACUGACAAGGAGCUCAACGCGCACAUUUCACUUAAAAAACUGGCGCCAUAUCGGCCACAAGUGCACGAAUCCAGACGAAAGUUACAAAGGGCGAUGUUUAUGAAGAAACGCAAUGAUAAAGGAGCGCGCCACGGCGGAAGGAAGGAGAAGAACAACACAAUGGAGCAGAUGACAAAAUUUGGAAUUACUCGCGGCCGUCUGGAUGCGUACGGUGACUGAAGGAUGACCAAUGGCUACGAGAAGGAUGAACACCUGAGGUCAAAAAAUAGAAAAACUCACCGCUGACUAGAACUCUUGAUUAUUUGCAUUCAUGAGUUGUUCUCGUUGUCCUGCGUGGGAAAAUGCGAGUUCGUCACCAUUAACAGUCACCUGGAUGCAAGUUUGCGGUGAAACCCUAUUGCUCCAAUCGUCUCGUUGGUAGAAACAGCGUACCUUCGGUGGCGCUCCAGCAGAACCUCCCACGAUCUGUUGUAAAUCGUUUCUGUUUGCUGUGGAUUACUGGUACCAUGCUCUCUGCCACUAACCUCGACUUCCUCAACAACAUUUUUCUUCUUCC